AUGUAUGCCUCCGACGUCAACCAACAGAACUGGGACGACUACGCAGAACGUUUGACGUUCGCUCUCAACACGGCGCAAGAUCGAGUGCGUGGAGACACAUCCCUUUAUCUUGUGCAUGGGUGGGACGCAAGAUCAAUGCUGGAAGCGACGCUCUCGAUCGGAUCCACAAGGUGGAAAGACGGUGACGCCAGCCGGUGGAGGUAUCGUCUGCAAUCGCAAUAUCGACGGGCGAGAGAAGUGGUGAACAGUGAUCUCCGGAAGGCGAUCGAAGCUAGAGCUGCUCAACAUAAUGAUCAAGCCUCACAAGAUCGAGCGAGGAUCACAAGUAUGGCUCUACCUGGACCGGGUGAAGGAGGGGUUCGCGAGGAUCUGGCCCACAUGUGGCACGGCCCAUUUCGUGUGACCGAACUCAUCGGCGAUCAUGCAGCACGUGUGGAGACUAGUGGAACAGAAUACCGCAUCUUCCCUGUGGUACACCUGUCGAAGUUGAAGUUGGUGAUGGCGUUCCCUGACCACCCAACUUGCACCCUGCUGGUCGACGAAGGAGAUCAAGUCGCCUUCGAUGAGGCUCUACUCCCGGAGGACAGCUGGGGGAUUCCUUUAGGCGAAGACGAAUUCGAGGUGGAACGGAUUGUCGACGUAAGGUCUGGACGCCGCACGCGAUAUGGCCGCGUUCACCGAGAGUUCCAGGCGUUUUGGAAAGGCUAUCGCGAGCCCACAUAG